CAGAAUUCGGAAGGUAUUUGUUUUGCCUCCAAUCAUUUUAAAGCCAUUUUGACGACUAAAUACAAAGACUCGUAUCAAGAAUGAGCCAACCACCAUCAAAAUUCGUAGACGACCAACACUUCUGUGUUCUUACCCAGUUCGCUCUAGCAACGACUGCGGUAGUUUUAUCUGCCCUUUCGGUGAAUGUUCCGCACGAUGGGAGCUCGGAUGUCCCAUAUUUCAUAUGUGGAUUCAUUCUUGCAGCAUUGCAUGCCUUGAUGAUCAUAUUGAGGAUUGUUGUGUUGACGAGUCUUGGUCGGAAAGGUGUGCCUACAAAAAAGAAAAUACUCGAUACGUUUCUGGAGGUCAGAUGCGUUGAUUUGCUAUGGAAGGUGUUUUGCAGUCAUGGCUUUGCUUGGGGAAUAACAGGCGUAGUACUUUGUGCACUCGGGGGUGUUUCGUGUGAUAAAGAAAAGAAUAAAGAGGGUGAAGAGUUGUCUGGCGCCAACGCUACUUCGUCAUGUUAUUAUGACAUAUAUAAAGAAAAGGGAGACCAGUAUAAAGGACUCGCAAUUGGUCUGUUGGUUGUACAUGUUUUCUCCUCUGUCUGGUUCUUCUUCUCGUUCUUCACCUACUCCCACUAUGCCAAAGAGUUAGUCGAUCCCAAACCUCAACCGCAACCCAAGCCGCAACCCAAGCCUGCCGCUGAUGCUAACCCCGCUCCGAAACCUAAACAACCUGCUGGCUCAGACAGUACAAAAAAAGCUGGACUGGAACAACUUAGUGCAAAAAAAGCAGACCUAGAGCAACUUGAAAGACGUCUAAAUGACAGAGAACAAGCUAUACAGCAGAGGGAAUUGGGGCUGAAUGAGAGGGAAAAUGCUCUAUGGACCGUUCAUCUGAACAACAUCCAGGGAGGGCCACCGCCUCCGCCAAGAUAUGAGCAGCUGGCGAUCGUGGAAGAGUGAAC